GGCCCUAGGUGAUGCGAUUUCUUUAAUGACCUUGCAUGCCCUAAUCCCUUGGACAUGACAUUUUGGCAUUCUACAUUUAAUAAUUCAUUUUAUUUAUUCACAUAUCAUACAUGAAUAACAAUAAAACUAUAAAAGCAGAAGCUUGAUGAUCAUUAAUCAAAGGUUCUGGUCCUCCAAGUUUUGGUCGGCUGACAUGUUUUAUAUGCAUGGAGCCAAAUCUAUGAGCAUGACACGUCUGAAUCGAACCAUCACAGGGUAAUAGCAGGAAGAGGGAAGGAAGUGAAACAUUUCCUUUUUGGUAAAUUUCAAUGUUAAUAUUGUUAUUUUAGAAUUAGUUGUCAUUAUGAUUGGCACGUGAUUAUGAUAGCAGACAGAGAUUCUUUCCUGUGACAAUGGUAUUUCUGUAUUUAUAUUACAGAUUUGACUUGGAAAAAAGAAAUAUAUACUGUACAGUAUAAUCACUUGGCUUAGUUGGCUAUGAUUCAAGUUGGUUGCAACUUGCAGGUGACAUUGAAGCAAACCUUUGUUGGAAAUGGCAUGAUGAAAUUGAAUUCCAGUCUACAUUAUCUGUGACAAAUUGUUAUUUUGUACAGAGGAUGAAAGAAAAGUACAAAAUAAAAUUCCAUUGACUGAUUUUUCCAGAACACUAGAAUUGAUUAACAUUUUUUUUCUAAGUGGCCUACUCUGUGAAUUGGAAAAUGAUUGGUGCAUGUUUCCUUUCAGCAUGAUAAUUGCACUUUGAGGCAAAAACAAUAUUCAUGGUUGAGGAACAAGCAUUUUAUUUUCAGGCAUAUUUCUUGAGGAUUUAUUCUUUGACAAACCAUAAUAAUUGAAUAAUCUUUCUGAUAAGUUUCUGUUAGAUUUUUGCUAUGAAAUGUCUGCUUUUGGCAGUGAUUCCUCAAAACAUGAAGCAAAAUUAUUUAGCAUCAUUCAUGUUUCAUUAUAUUUUAAGGUUUUGGAUUUUAGAAUUAAUAGUUUAUAAGUGAUCGUUUCUGUAUUGAUACUUGUUUUAUAUUGGAGAUUUCAUAUAAAUUAACUUCAAUAACAAAAGAUAAUAAUGUCAGUUGCUGUGAUAUAUAAGGAUAGAAGUGUUGUCUCCAGCAGGCUCUACAACAUGAAAGACACAAGGGCCCCUAUUUUGAAGUUGGUUUUGAAUUAAACUCUGGUUUAAAGUUGUAGUUUAACUUUAAAUAGCCAAUUGUGACAUAAAUCUCAAACAGUAGAGGUUCAAUGUAUCAGACAAUUCAACUCUCAAAUCAUUCUUUAAUAACUGUCUUGGAAAGAAGAAUGUUAUAAUUGUCUUCACCCAGGAAGAAUUCAGGAAGAGCGCUGUAAACAUAAGUAACAUGCAGUGUAGGUCUAAACAAAUUUUGACAUUUUUGGCUUCCCAUAAUUUUAGCACAAAGUUAGACUGGUCUAAGUUAAACCAGACUUCGGGAAUACAGGCCAAUGUCCGCAUUUGUAAUUCAGUAUAUUAACCCUCAAAGAAAUGUUAGAUUAUCAUCUUUUCUUUUCUUCUGUAUAAAAUCACAGGAGGAUAUGGGUUUGACUGAUCAGAAGGCUGCACCUUUACGCUCUAGGGAUAUGAAGAUCAAGAGAGAAAUGGUGCUUCAAUACAUGAAGAGACAGGGCCCAUCAGCUGCAGGGCGUAACGACUCCCAGAUGAAACCUGGUGAUUAUGUCAUCGAGCUGCACAGCACGGCUGCCAGCGAUUCCAGUAGAUACCACUCCAUCCUGAGCUCCCUACGUGUGUCUCUCACCAGUAAUCCCAUUAGCUGGGUGCAACAGUUUGGUGAGAAAGGACUGGAUAUCAUCUUGAAGAUUCUUCACGAUUACAAUCAAAGGGAAGGAAAGAAGUAUGCAGAUGUGAGGCAUGAAUGCAUCAAAUGUAUCAAGGCUUUCAUGAACAACAAGUAUGGAAUUCAGACUGUAUUUGCCAAGGACCGUGCCAUCAUCCACAUAGCAUCAGCGUUGAAUCCACAGUAUGAAAACAUGAUGAUCGAUACAACCAAGCUAUUAGCUGCUGUCUGCUUUGUGCCUCCUGAUGGACAUGAAAAAGUACUAUCUGCUUUAACAGAGGUUGGUGAGACCAAAUCCAGUCCCAGAUUUUCAUCCAUUGUAGAGGCUUUACAGCUAGAGGACAACCCUCAACUCAUGUGUGUAUGUAUGCAGCUAGUGAAUGCCCUUAUAUCAAACCCUGAGGAUCUAGACUUCAGAUUACAUCUUAGGAAUGAAUUCCUUAGGACUGGAAUGAUCAACAUCUUGCCAGAGCUACGUGAUAAUCCAAGUGAAGAGUUAGGUGUUCAGAUGAGAGUCUUUGAUGAGCACAGAGAAGAUGACUUUGAAGAGUUUCAGCAUAGAUUUGAAGGCCUCCGCAUCGAGAUGGAUGACCUUGAAGGUAACUUCCAGCUUCUCCAGCAAGUCGUAGCCAACUCACCAUCAGAGAACUACUUCCUAUCUAUCCUUCAACAUCUCAUACUGAUCAGGGAGGAUGUCUACAUAAGGCCACAGUACUUCAAAUUAAUAGAGGAAUGUAUAUCUCAGAUUGUGCUUCAUAAAAGCGGUUGUGAUCCUGACUUCACCUACACCAAGCGAUUUGAUGUGGAUGUAGAACCACUAAUAGAGGGAUUAGCAGAGAAGGCUAAAUAUGAAACCAUGGAAGGCAAGGCAGUCAAACUUGAAAAAGAGUUGGAGCAAGAGGUAACGGCGAGGCAGGAAUCAGAAGCCAAACUAAAUCAAGCCAAUAAGAAAGCCGAAGAAAUGGAGAAAGAACUUGAGGAAUUAAAACGACAGAUUGCAAGUGGAGCCAUUGUUGCAAGUGCAGGUCCUCCCCCACCACCUCCACCACCCGGGGGAGGCGGUGUUCCUCCCCCUCCCCCACCCCCACCAGUAGGCCCUGGUAUCCCACCACCACCACCACCACCAUUCCCUGGUGGGGGUGGUGUCCCUCCCCCUCCCCCACCACCAGGGGGUGGUCCACCCCCACCCCCUCCACUACCUGGUAUGGGUGGUCCACCUCCCCCUCCUCCACCCGGUGGUGGACCCCCAGGACCCCCUCCACCACCUGGUGGUGUACCAAUGAUCGGUGGUUUUGGUAUGAAGGCAGCCUCUCCAGCACAGUCUCUACCCCAUGGUAUGAAGGAGAAGAAGAAGUACAACCCUCAGACUCCAAUGAAGAGAGCUAAUUGGAGCAAGAUCCAACCAAGAACACUUAAGAAGAAUUCAUUAUGGGUCAAUGCUAAAGAGGAGAAACUAGAGAAAAAGGAGGUUUUAGAACAGCUAGCAUCCUUAUUCGCAUCCAAGCCAGGAAAGAAGCUAGGAGGUGGUGGUAUCGAAGCCGAUGUUGAUGGUAAGACAGAACCUAAGAAGAAGGUGAAGGAACUGAAGGUAUUGAGUGCCAAGGAGGCUCAGAACCUCUCAAUCUGGCUUGGUUCAAUGCGCAUACCUCAUGAAGAGAUCAAGAGACGUAUCUUAGAGAUCGACGAAGAACACUUGAAUGAAGGCUUGAUCCAAUCAUUAUUAAAGAAUAUGCCUGAGACUGAGACUAUUCAACAGGUGUAUGCUCUUAAGGAUGAAUUCAAUGAUAUGAAUGAAGCUGAGCAGUUUUGUGUUCUAGUUGGAAAUAUCAAGGGCCUUCAGAAGAGGUUACAGUCUAUCCUAUUCAAGAUGAAGUUCCCAGAACUUGUAUCGGACAUCAAACCAAACAUUGCCACGGUAACCAAAGCAUGUGAAGAGCUGAGGUAUAGCAUAAGUUUCAACAAAGUUCUCGAGUUGAUUCUUCUCUUUGGUAACUACAUGAACUCGGGGUCAAGGAAUGCAGGGUCAUUAGGAUUUGAUCUCAAUUUCUUAACAAAGCUAAGAGGUACCAAGUCAAUGGAUAACAAGAUCAACUUCCUGAACUUCUUGGCUGAUCAGAUUCAGAACGUGUACCCUGAGCUAGCUGAGUUUCCAGAGACAGUAACCCAUGCUGUCAGGGCAUCAAGAGUAUCUGACGAGAACAUCCAAAAGAACAUGAAGCAGAUGAAGAAUGAAAUCAAAGGAUUGGAGAAGGAUUUAGACAAGUACAAACCAGUGGCUAAUGUCAAUGAUGGUUUCAAGCCUAUCAUGGAGGAGUUCUUGAAGAAGGCUAAAGAGCAGUACAAGGUUCUAGAAGGCAUGUAUGACCAGAUGAAGGAACUGUAUACCAAGAUUGCCGAGUUCUAUGCCUUUGACAUGUCCAAGAAAUCCAUGGAAGAAUUCUUUGGUGAUAUCAAGACCUUCCUGGCAGAAUAUGAUCAAUCCAAGCAGGAGAACAAGAAGAGGUUAGAAGCUGAGGAGAAGGCCAAGAAAGCCAAAGAAGCUAAGGAGAAGAAAGAAAGAGAGAAGAAGAUGAAAUCACAUAGAAAGAACAAUCUACUAGAUAUGACCAUAGAUGAUGACCAAGAAGGAGUGAUGGAUAACUUGAUAGAGGCCUUACAGAGUGGAUCAGCCUUCAGUAGACCACAUAAGAAACGAGGACCAGCUAGAGCAGCCGGAGCUGAGAGACAGCGGCAAUUGGAAAGAUCGAGGUCAAGGGUCGGGAGGAUGAUGCCUGUUUCAUUAACGGAAAUCGAUAUCAAUGGAAGUGCCUCACCGAACGUAGUCAGAUCAAAUAAUACAAACAAUGGUGGUGGAAGAACUAGGGGAAGGAGAGGAGGUGACAAAGAAGGACAAGAUGGUGAUGCUUUGAUGGAAAGAUUAAGACAAUUAUAGUACAGGAUCAAUGUUGGAUUGCAAAGCCAACACGGGACAACAUGAUCAUGAAAGUUCAUCUGUGUUGGUAAAAGAUAACGAUUUUGUUGAACUUUGGUUCACAACACAAAAAAACAGAAAAUAACGAAGAGUUACCUCGAAAUUUUCGGCUGCUAACAGGACAACAUGUGUGGGACUGAAGCAGGAAAAGCUGUUGGAUAUUUAGCCAACAUGAAAUAGGAUGUGUGGGACAUAUGCCUUGAAUAUCACUGUAUACCAAUUGCCAUAUAUCAUAAAUGGGACCGAGGCAUAUGUUGCCUAGAGCAUGGAUCAGAGCCAUGAGGAAUAUUUCAGAUGUCAAACCAACACCAUUGAUCAUGAAUGGGAUCGAGUCAAGAUUUUAGCCGACAGAGAAGUAUGUAUGUGGGACCAUGGUUUGGAAGAACCUAUUAAUGUUCAGUCACUACCAAGAAAAUAUGGGACUGUAGGGCAUAAUGCGGAAGAAUGUCCCAAGAACCCUGUAGGCUGUAACUGACAUCGGGAAAUCAUGCCAUCACCAAAACUUCUCCCAUAGCUGAGGCACGUCAAGGAGCAUUGAAUAUUACCAUGUCUGUUCUUAUGCAGAGUAGGACAACGAAGAUGAAACCAAAUACCAACCACAAACAAGCCUUCCAGAUUGGGUUCGACACUUGUCCGAGCACCAACACCAGAUCCACCAAAAGAGCAUUUUGAAAGAUUCAGAAAUACACAUGUAUACGUCAAGUGUUCUUUUGUAAUGUGAGUUUUGCGUAAGGCUUCCGAACAUGGGCCAUUACUGACAGUACAUGUCCCAGCCCCCGCCAUUUUCUCCACAGUUCUAUAUAUUUUUCAUAUCUUGUCAAUCUGACCUACAUACAUCACUUUUUGGUUGGCCUAGGUCCUUAUUUUUAUUAGGAGACUGAACUUUGGAAUCAAAGUACUCCUAUCAUUAUUUUGUCUGUCUGGUAUACCUGCCUCCUCUAUCAUUAAUAUACUACACAUCCAUUUUUGUCACUGCUGUAACUGCUAUGUAGGCCACAUUCAAAUUGCGGGUAAGUCUACUUGAGAUUUAAUUGUCAUAAUGGCAUUUGGUCCAAUUUUCAUGACCUUUGACUAUUUAGGCCAAAUACUAUAUCGAUUUAGCUGAACUAUGAUAAACUGAAUGUUAUUAGCCAAAUGGAAUAAUGGACCAAUUGCUUAUAAUGGCAAGUAGAAAUGAGAUGGAACGGUAAGUUGACUAGUUGAAGAGCUCAGUGGUACAUGCAGCCUAUCCGUUGGCUACUCCUGGUUUAUUAAAAAAAAAUAAUCAGUAUUUUUACUGAAAGGAAAUAUUAAUGUAGUAGGUGUUCCUAACCCAUGUCACAGCAGUGACAAAGAAAGUAUUUUAAUUAUUUGUUUUGGUUUGGCUCCAUGUCUCCAAACAAAAACAUUAUUAUCAUUAGUUUAUCAAUUUUGUGUAUUUUCUUAACUCAAGAUUUUAAAGAUGGUGGUAUAAUCUUUCAACAUAUAUUUCAAAUUUUGUGGAUUUUUCAUCAAUCUAAUACAUUACUAUUAAUGAUGCUUUUGAUAGCCAAAUUUAUAUAGUGCUUUUUUCCAGAGGAUAAAACACUCAACUACUAUUUAAAGGCAUUAUUUAGCUUAUCCUAGUUCUGACCUACUUUCUGUCAUGAUUCUGAGUUUGAAUUAUGCUGAAAUUACAAAUAUAUUCUAGAUAUACAGUGCAUCCUAGAAAAGGGGAUACCUAGGAUUCUCAUUCUUUUUAUCAGCAUAGCCAUAGGCAAAUAUGAUAUGGAAUGGUCACAUGUACAUGAGCAUAUGAAGUGAGAGUGAAAACAAAGUCACUCAGGACUAUCUUUCUAUCAUUCUUGACAAUUUAAAAACUUUUUAUUGUAUGUAAUCUGCCAUGCAUGGAUUAUUUACCUGGUAUUAACUCUCUAAUCAAAGACUAGAUGAUUAAACUUCACAAGUCAAAUUUGAAGUCAAUAUACAGUUGGAUUUUAAAGUUGACAUCGACGUUCCACACAUACUGCUCAACUUAACAGAAAUUAAAUCUUUGGAAAUGUACAGGGUUUCCACAAUGAAUCUGGUAUCAAGGGAUCAUUGUGCUCUUUUUUUUUUUUACUCGGAUGUAUCAUGUAUCAAAUGUUGAAAUAUAUCUCGGUGUGAUUAUAUAAAUUUGAAAAACCAAAUAUUUGGGCAAAACUUUGUUAAUGUUUACAUGAAUUUUUGCUUAGUUUCCUCACCAAACACAUCUUUUAAUUGCUUUUGUUGUUGCUCUUAAUAAAACAAGACGAUAGGAGAAAUACUUUGCAACUACAGUUCAUUAAUAUAUUUAACAGUGAUUUCAAAUAGCUUUAAAUGUGGCUUUAUCCUUUGAAACUGAAUUGUUCAUGUACGCUUCUAACAUUCAACAUUUUCAUAUUUAAAGAUCAGAAAAUUGAUUUUAUCUCCAGAAAUACUUGUUACCAUGGAGAUAUAGUAUCACACAGAGGGACAAUUUGUGUGUCUAAUUUCCGUGGUUUAUUAAAACUUUUCCAUUCCAUCUUUGUCUUAUCAAUAAUGAAAUCAGGAUUUUUUUUUUCUGGGAUGCACUGUAUACAAGGGUUGGGCUGGGGGGGAAAACCUGCAAAAAAAAUCAGGAGCUUCAGAAUCAGUACUACCUAAGAACUUUGGAAAUAAAUGCUAUCGAAUGCCUCCUUUAACAAAGAAGUUCAUCAAAAGUAAAAUUAAAGCUUUCAUUUUUUAAAUGUACAUGUAUGCUCUUCAUUAGAAAUAUUCUACUAGAGUUGUUAUAUUUUUCUAUGUUACCUUUGGGGAAUAUCAAACUUGCGUAUAUUCUAAAAUGUAUCUAAUUGGUUUCAUGUGUAUACAAAUGUAUUUAAUUCUCUUUGCCUCUGUGAUUAGAUUUUGUAUUAAAGAGGUGACAGGGAUAUGUUUAUAUAAUGUACAUAUAUUUUCCAUGAAGAGAAUACAAAAAAAUAUACGUAACAGA